AUGUCAUCUUCAUCUAUAGAUGCGGAUAUUGCCACAAUAUUAAACAAUGCCACGAAUCAAAUCAAUCGAUAUAUUUCGUUGGUAGUAUUUAUAUUUGGUAUCAUUGGUAAUAUUCUGAAUAUUUUUGUCUUUUUACAUCGUACACUCAGAUCCAAUUCUUGUUCAUUACUAUUUUUAACAGCAUCAAUUGGAAAUAUCAUAACAAUAAUAAGUGGUUUAAUAACACGAAUGUUAUCUGGAUGGUCUGCUGAUCUUACAAAUACAAUUGAUUGGCUUUGUAAAUUACGUAUUGUUGUUCUUUGGACAUCACGAACAUUUGUUAUGUGGAUUCUUAUGUUAACAACUAUUGAUCGAUGGCUAUCAUCAUCUAUUCAUGUCCAUUAUCGACAAAAAACUACAUUGAAGAAUGCUUAUCGAGGAAUAUUUCUAGUAUUAUUAUUUUCUAUAAUUCUUAAUAUUGAUUUACUUUAUUGUUAUCAAGCAAAUCUUCUCAAUACACCAUUAAAAUGUUAUUCUAAAACAGAGAUAUGUCGUUUAAUUACAGAUUUUACUUAUGCAUUGAUUAUUUAUACAAUUCCAUUAAUUUCAAUGACUUUAUUUGGUUUAGCAAUUAUAAAAACUAUUCGUCAAAUGCAUCAUCGCCGUGUACAACCAAUAGUGACAACAGAAACACCUAAUGGAUUGCAAACUGUUAAUAUACCGAUUGAUAAUUUAAAACAAAAGAAAAAAAUUGAUCGACGUUUACUACGAAUGCAUCUUAUUCAAGUAUUUAUAUUGUGUACCCUUAAUUUACCUGCUGCUAUUCAAAGACUUUAUUCAACGUUGACAAUCAAUAAUGACAAAUCAUUAAUUCAAUUAUCAAUUGAGAAUCUUCUUUUCAAUGUUGUCAUUCAUUUAAAUUAUAUAUCAAGUGGAAUAACAUUUUACAUAUUUACUUUAUAUGGAGGAAAAUUAUUUCGAAAUGCAUUUUGGGACUUGAUGAAAAAUAUUUUAUUUAUCAAAUAA